AUGGUUCCUCGUUUCGUAAAUCCGCAGAUCCCAGGGUUCCAGACAGACCCGGUGACUGAAGCUGAAUGCACCCGGGCCACCGUCCGGGGGUCGAUACAGAUGGCCACCGCUGGCAUCGUGCCCACCCACAACAUUUUCUGGUCAAUGUGUUCAGGUCCAGGCGAGAUCUACACUCUCACUCCUCUCACUCCUUCCACCGUCCCUCUCCAGUGCGUACACAUUGGCCAAGGUGCAAUACCCAAUGCACUCGCCGACAUCCCUUGCAACCUCCUGCCAAUCGACGAUCUGCUCGCCAAACUCAACAAUGUCCUUGGGACGUCGUAUACGCUUGACACCCCUGGUGUUCGUGACUGCUUGGAGUACGCGGUCAGCAGUUCAUGUGAUUUUGGAGAGGUGUACGGGACUCUGCACUUGGAGUGGUCGGGCUGGCGGAAGCCUGAAGACUCUGCCGCGGCACUCACCAGGAUGAAGCGCCGCUGUGAUGAAGUCCAGGAAAGGCGGGACAAUUCCAUCUGCGAUCACUCCAUCCAGGAUUCCCAAAUUCCUCCUCAACGUGUGUGGGACCUGCACAGCAACCGAGUCCUCCCAUUCCAUGUCAUGCCUCGGGCACAUCGCGAACACAAGGAUUGGUUGCCCAAUGACCUUUGGAUGGUGUCACACAGCUGGGUCCACGAACAAGACUGCGAACGCCGAUGGCUUGUCCUGAUUCUGUGCGGCACAUCGCUCAACCACAUCUGCAUCGAGCUACUGAACAUGGGCGCCACAGCUCGGCUCGAGGAGUGGAAGCUCGACGUACCCACCAUCGGUCACAUCUACCAAGCCUGGCCAGAUGAGAGACCGUGCAUCACAUAUUUCAACGGCUUGGGGUUGCUGUUCAAUCCGUCGCCAGCGGUUGUCGAGUCAGAUCGGCACUGGUUCAAUCACGUGUGGACCGUGCAGGAGACGCGGAGGCGCUGGCUACCUGGUGGACUCACUGCGACGCCUCAUGUCAAUAGCCCGGGGUUCUUUUCUCGGCUGGAAGAUGUCUUUCAAAGUUUGUGGAGUUUUGAUGCCAUUCAAGCCAUGAGGAAUCGCCAUUGCACCACCGACCUUGACAGGAUUGCUGGUCUUGCUUAUUUCCUGGAAUGCUUGACACUACCGCUCUAUGAUCGGUCGGCUUCCUCGGAGUCUGCAUGGACGUUGCUCAUUAAGCACAUGAGUGCAGAGUGGCGGACAUCCCUUUUCUGCCAAUACAAGUCUGACGUGACGUUCGGACUCUUCAUCUCAUGGGCCAGGUUCCUUGGGCUGAGGUCACAACCGGUGACAAGGUUCUUUUGGGGAAGUCUAAAGCUGGUGGAUUCUCUGGACAUUCACACCAAUGACCCAGGGCAGUAUUACGAUUUCCUAUCUGCCACCAAGCUGUGCUAUGUUGUAUCCCCACCCGAUAACACACACCAAGGCAGCAGACCACAAGCGCUCCAACUCCACUUCUACGACCGCGCUGAUCCUAUUACUGUGCAAGUCUCUGCUACCAGAACACAUGGAUGUCUUGUUCCACAUGUUCCCUAUCGCUUUCUCACUUCUGUCGGGUUGUUAUCGGGCAUAGCGGCCUGGGUUGCAGUUGAGGCGGUCGGAGAGCGGGACUUGCAAGGCGAGAAAGCACUUGAGGUGAUCAAGUGGGGUAUCAUUCUUAUGGACGAGGAUGAGGGCAAGAGACUCAGGAAGCUAGGAUUAGGGAAUGAAGAUGCAACGGUGGUUUACUUGUCAGGUGAGGAGGCACUGACCAGGAGCGGGCAUGUCGACAAGUACAUAGAGGCAUUUGACAGGGCGAGAGAGAGCUGA